AGAGCACUUCCGGCUCAGCGGAACUCGGGCCGCCGGAUCAGGUUGUCGGUGAACCGGACUUGUGGUCGAGGCCCCAUGAGCGCGGCGCCCCUGGUGGGCUACAGCAGCAGCGGUUCGGAGGAUGAAGCGGAGAUUGUCGCCGCCGGGCGGAGCAAACCGGGGUCUGGACUCCACCGUUGUGGCCAGAACCCCGUUCCCAGUCAGAGGUUUCCAGUGCCUGACAGUGUGCUGAGCAUGUUCCCCAGCACGGAAGAAGGACCUGAGGAUGACAGUGCAAAGCAUGGGGGUCGCAUCCGAACCUUCCCCCAUGAGCGGGGUAACUGGGCCACCCACAUCUACAUACCAUAUGAGGCGAAGGAGGAGUUCCGGGAUCUGCUUGACAUGUUGCUGUCCCGAGCUCAGAUGUUCAUACCUCGACUGGUGCCGAUGGAGGACUUCCACCUCAGCCUGUCUCAGAGUGUGGUUCUUCGUCACCACUGGAUCCUCCCCUUUGUGCAGGUGCUCAAAGACCACAUGGCCCCUUUCCAAAGGUUCUUCUUUACUGCCAACAGGGUAAAGAUUUAUACCAAUCAAGAGAAAACCAGGACCUUCCUUGGACUCGAGGUCAGUUCAGGGCAUGCCCAGUUCCUGGACCUGGUUUCAGAAGUGGACAGAGUCAUGAAGGAAUUUGACCUCACUACUUUCUACCAGGACCCUUCAUUUCAUGUCAGUCUGGCCUGGUGUGUGGGUGAUGCUCGUCUCCAGCUGGAGGGACAGUGCCUGCAGGAACUACAGGAAAUUGUGGACGAGUUUGAAGACUCUGAGAUCCUGUUACAUGUGCUGGCUGAACAGGUCCGCUGCAAGUCUGGGAACAAAUUCUUCUCGAUGCCUUUGAAGUGAGCCUUGUCCCAUGCCUCUCCUCAGGCAGACUGAGAUGGAGGAGCCCACUGCUGUUUGUGGGACACCCCGGCAAGUCCUAAUCACACACUUAGUACUUACUGUUCUAGUGGGCUGCUCACUCUCUGCUGGUCCACUUGGGUUGUAGGUUGGUAGGCUGCUGCUGUAAUGUGGUCAUUUCCAGAAAUCACCAGUAGAGGGCAGCCCGGACCUCUAAUUCUUCCUCCGCUAGUCUUAGGAAAAUGAACCUCGCUGGGGAGCCCACCCACACUCAGUCCCCACCGAGAUCUCUCCACUGCAGUAAUCCAUAUUGAUGCCAUUGGCCAUCAACCAGUUUUUAAGAUCCUUGCAUCCUGACCCACCUCUGUCACAAUGGGGCUUCUGAGAGUCUGUCUUCCUCCUUUGAAUCUCCUUUAUUUAUCACCUCGUCCCUUCAUCCUGUUCUGUGCCAGGAGAGGUCAUUUUAGGGCCAGGGCACAGGGUGCUAAUUUGUGGUCAGCAGCAGUUUUCUUCAUUCCUUCCUCCCACUUACCCAGCCAGGUGCCUGGGGAGAGCCCCGCAGAUGUUUCAUUUUGGCCUGGCUAUGGCUGCCAGCCAGGCCUCCAACACCCAUGACCCCUGCUUUCCCCAUCAGCUUUCCCAGAGGCGCAAAGAGGUGCCUUCCCUCCAUCCAGAACACCCCUCCCCUGUUGCUGAACAUUCUCCGGGUUGGGUGGGAAGUGGAGAGAGAGCCAGGGAGGCAGAGGAGAAUCUAUUUUCCAUCAAGCUCCUGUCAGGGCAAAGAACCAAGCCUUUCUAGUAGUUGUCAUGGGGAUUUCUAGUGAUGGAUGAAGAAAUAUAUUUUACAGUUUUAAAUUAUGUUCAACAAAUUAAAUCUGCCUUUUUAAUGUG